AAAAAAAAAAACAAAAAAAAAAAAAACAAAAUAUUCAAGAAAUGGAUUAUGUCGGAAAACUUGGUAAUCUCAUUAGUUCAUUAAACAAUUUUUAUAAUGAGAUAAACCCUGCUACAUUGUCUGGUGCCAUUGACAUUAUUGUUGUUGAACAAGAAGAUGGUGAACUUGCUAGUUCUCCAUUUCAUGUAAGAUUUGGUAAACUCUCUGUACUUUUACCACAAGAAAAGAAGGUAAAUUAUUCCCCUUUUGUUAAACGGACUUGAAGGCAGAAUUAAUUUUAGAGAGAAAAGGGAGAGGCGGGAAAGAAAUCAUGUCCCGAGAAUAGCUCUCCCUCUCUCUCUUUGUGUGUGUGUGUGUGUGUGCUUACCUUUUUUUUUGUCAAUGCAAAUUGUCGGAGUUAUUUACUUUUUUCUGAAAAAAAAAAAAAAUAGGUUGAAAUUACUGUUAAUGGU